AUGUCUGGUGAAUGGAGCAAUGGUCUAUGUAACUGCUUCAGAGAUUGCGGCCUCUGCAUCGUCACGUACCUGCUGCCAUUCUACACCGCGGGCAAGAACGCCGAGGCAGUCGGCGAAGGAUGUUGCCUUUAUGCAUUACUCUACAUGAUUCCGCUAGUCCAGUUCUUCAGCGGGGCUAAAAUCCGAGGAAUGAUCAGGGAAAGUCGAGGUAUAAUUGGAAGCAGAACGAACGACAUGUUACUACACUUAUUUUGUCCGUUCUGUGCUCUUAUACAAGAGGCACAGGAACUGAAGUGUGCUCCAAGCGGUGCUCUGAUUGCGAGGAAUUAA